AUGUGUCCGCGUCAUGACAAUACAUAUGGGACGGACACAUGUAUGGGUGGCAGAACUAUAGUGCUCAAUGAAGCUGACAUUUUGAAUUUGAAGUUUGACUCCAAAAACAUCGAAGAAUCACGUGUUGAACCUCCUGUGAUUGUUGCUGUGUAUCCGUCAGCUGUGAUUGUUGCUGUGUAUCCGUCAGCUGUGAUUGUUGGUGUGUAUCCGUCAGCUGUGAUUGUUGGUGUGUAUCCGUCAGCUGUCAUUGUUGCUGUGUAUCCGUCAGCUGUGAUUGUUGCUGUGUAUCCGUCAGCUGUCAUUGUUGGUGUGUAUCAGUCAGCUGUCAUUGUUGCUGUGUAUCCGUCAGCUGUGAUUGUUGGUGUGUAUCCGUCAGCUGUGAUUGUUGCUGUGUAUCCGUCAGCUGUCAUUGUUGGUGUGUAUCCGUCAGCUGUGAUUGUUGGUGUGUAUCCGUCAGCUGUCAUUGUUGCUGUGUAUCCGUCAGCUGUGAUUGUUACUGUGUAUCCGUCAGCUGUCAUUGUUGGUGUGUAUCCGUCAGCUGUCAUUGUUGCUGUGUAUCCGUCAGCUGUGAUUGUUGGUGUGUAUCCGUCAGCUGUCAUUGUUGCUGUGUAUCCGUCAGCUGUCAUUGUUGGUGUGUAUCCGUCAGCUGUGAUUGUUGGUGUGUAUCCGUCAGCUGUCAUUGUUGGUGUGUAUCCGUCAGCUGUGAGUGUUGGUGUGUAUCCGUCAGCUGUCAUUGUUGGUGUGUAUCCGUCAGCUGUCAUUGUUGGUGUGUAUCCGUCAGCUGUCAUUGUUGCUGUGUAUCCGUCAGCUGUGAGUGUUGCUGUGAGUGUUGGUGUGUAUCCGUCAGCUGUCAUUGUUGCUGUGUAUCCGUCAGCUGUGAGUGUUGGUGUGUAUCCGUCAGCUGUCAUUGUUGUUGUGUAUCCGUCAGUUGUGAUUGUUGCUGUGUAUCCGUCAGCUGUGAUUGUUGCUGUGUAUCCGUCAGCUGUGAUUGUUGGUGUGUAUCCGUUAGCUGUCAUUGUUGGUGUGUAUCCGUCAGCUGUCAUUGUUGGUGUGUAUCCGUCAGCUGUGAGUGUUGGUGUGUAUCCGUCAGCUGUCAUUGUUGUUGUGUAUCCGUCAGCUGUGAUUGUUGCUGUGUAUCCGUCAGCUGUGAUUGUUGCUAUGUAUCCGUCAGCUGUGAUUGUUGCUAUGUAUCCGUCAGCUGUGAUUGUUGGUGUGUAUCCGUCAGCUGUGAUUGUUGCUGUGUAUCCGUCAGCUGUGAUUGUUGCUGUGUAUCCGUCACCUGUGAUUGUUGCUGUGUAUCCGUCACCUGUGAUUGUUGCUAUGUAUCCGUCAGCUGUGAUUGUUGCUGUGUAUCCGUCACCUGUGAUUGUUGCUAUGUAUCCGUCAGCUGUGAUUGUUGCUGUCAUUGUUGUUGUGUAUCCGUCAGCUGUCAUUGUUGGUGUGUAUCCGUCAGCUGUGAUUGUUGCUGUGUAUCCGUCAGCUGUGAUUGUUGCUGUGUAUCCGUCAGCUGUCAUUGUUGGUGUGUAUCCGUCAGCUGUCAUUGUUGUUGUGUAUCCGUCAGCUGUGAUUGUUGCUGUGUAUCCGUCAGCUGUGAUUGUUGCUGUGUAUCCGUCACCUGUGAUUGUUGCUAUGUAUCCGUCAGCUGUGAUUGUUGGUGUGUAUCCGUCAGCUGUGAUUGUUGCUGUGUAUCCGUCAGCUGUGAUUGUUGCUGUGUAUCCGUCAGCUGUGAUUGUUGCUGUGUAUCCGUCAGCUGUGAUUGUUGCUGUGUAUCCGUCAGCUGUGAUUGUUGCUGUGUAUCCGUCAGCUGUGAUUGUUGCUGUGUAUCCGUCAGCUGUGAUUGUUGCUGUGUAUCCGUCACCUGUGAGUGUUGGUGUGUAUCCGUCAGCUGUGAUUGUUGCUGUGUAUCCGUCAGCUGUGAUUGUUGCUAUGUAUCCGUCAGCUGUGAUUGUUGCUGUGUAUCCGUCAGCUGUGAUUGUUGCUGUGUAUCCGUCAGCUGUGAUUGUUGCUGUGUAUCCGUCAGCUGUGAUUGUUGCUGUGUAUCCGUCAGCUGUGAUUGUUGCUGUGUAUCCGUCAGCUGUGAUUGUUGCUAUGUAUCCGUCAGCUGUGAUUGUUGCUGUGUAUCCAUCAGCUGUGAGUGUUGGUGUGUAUCCGUCAGCUGUGAUUGUUGCUGUGUAUCCGUCAGCUGUGAUUGUUGCUGUGUAUCCGUCAGCUGUGAUUGUUGCUAUGUAUCCGUCAGCUGUGAUUGUUGCUGUGUAUCCGUCAGCUGUGAUUGUUGCUGUGUAUCCGUCAGCUGUGAUUGUUGCUGUGUAUCCGUCAGCUGUGAUUGUUGCUGUGUAUCCGUCAGCUGUGAUUGUUGCUGUGUAUCCGUCAGCUGUGAUUGUUGCUAUGUAUCCGUCAGCUGUGAUUGUUGCUGUGUAUCCGUCAGCUGUGAUUGUUGCUGUGUAUCCGUCAGCUGUGAUUGUUGCUGUGUAUCCGUCAGCUGUGAUUGUUGCUGUGUAUCCGUCAGCUGUGAUUGUUGCUGUGUAUCCGUCAGCUGUGAUUGUUGCUAUGUAUCCGUCAGCUGUGAUUGUUGCUGUGUAUCCAUCAGCUGUGAGUGUUGGUGUGUAUCCGUCAGCUGUGAUUGUUGCUGUGUAUCCGUCAGCUGUCAUUGUUGGUGUGUAUCCGUCAGCUGUCAUUGUUGGUGUGUAUCCGUCAGCUGUGAUUGUUUGUUUCUCUGUUCAAAAACAAUAA